AUGAUCCAGGAUCUACGAAUUGCAAAGAAUCUGAGUGACUGGAAGACUGGCGGCAGCGUCCACACGGGUUUCCUUGCCGAGUGGGAGAGCCUUCGAAGCUGCAUCGAGACUGCCCUGAAAGCAACGUGUUCGGGCAAAGAGGUGGUUGUCACAGGGCAUUCUCUAGGAGGAGCUAUCUGCACCCUGGCCAUGGUUGAUCUCGCACAACGCGGCUGGACGAUCAAGGAAGGCUACACCUUCGGCAUGCCCCGAACGGGGGACGCCACCUUCGCCGCACAUUUUGAUCAAAUGUUCUCCGGAAAGUUCUUCAGAGUCACACAUCACAUGGACCCGGUCCCGCACGUCCCCCCUCAGGACUUCGGGUUCCAGCACUUCUCCUCUGAGGUAUUCUACAAUGGAGAAGUGGGCGCCGGAUUUCGCCACUGCCCACAGGCUGAGGAUUUAAGGUGUGCCGGAAGAUACUGGGAUCUUCCAGUGGAUCUGUUCCACAUCAAUGACCACAUGGACUACAUGGGUGAACACACAGGAUCCGUCGGAUGUGAGGGCUGGCGCACUGGCCAGCCUACUAGCCAGCCUGGAGGGGGCCUUGCUGGUGCAGUGGCCACUACGUCGACGUUUAACUCGACUGUCGUGGACCCUCGCUUCACUCUGUCAGUGUAA